AAAUAUUAUUAUAACAUAUUUAAUAUUAUAAUAAGAAAAAUUUAUUUGAGAUUAAAUAAUAAAUAUCGCUAAUAACUGCAUGAAAAUUUUUAAUAAAUAUAAUAAAGAAUAAAUAUAAUAAUAGAAUAAUAAAAAAAAAUAUUUAAUUUAAAUGAAUAUUUACAUAUUAAAUAUAUUUUUAUAUAAUUAUAUGUAUAUCAUAAUAACCAUAUUAUUUUUAAACUACAAUAUUUCAUAGAUAUUUUAUUUUAUAAUUCAAAAAAAUGUAUAUAUUUAUCAUAUAAAAAUAUAUAAGAAAUAGUAUAUUGUGAAAAAUUAAAAAAAUAAAAAAAUUAUUGAAUCAAAAUAUAAUUUCCUCCUGAACAAAUUAUACUUAAGCGCCAUGCGGUAAGAGUGGAGAAUGGCUUUGCAGUAGUGACGACUGGUGAUUUCCCCACCACAUUGGAAGAAUUCGAAUAAAUAAAGAUCUAACCCGUUCUUUCAAUCUCACUUUGUCGGUACCGUUGCCGGUGUGCAUGGUUUUGUGCUCCACGUUAGUUUUACUUCAUUUAUUUUAUAAGUUAAUAAUGGGAGAGAACAAAGAACGUACGUUUAUUAUGAUUAAACCUGAUGGUGUCCAACGCGGACUUGUUGGAAAAAUAAUUCAACGUUUUGAAGAAAAAGGUUUUAAGCUUGUAGCAAUGAAAAUGUUAUGGCCAACUGAAGAAUUAUUAAAGAAACAUUAUUCAGAUUUGGCAUCUAGACCAUUUUUCCCUGGAUUAAUUAAAUAUAUGAGUUCAGGACCAGUUGUACCAAUGGUAUGGGAAGGUUUAAAUGCAGUAAAAACUGGUCGUUUCAUGUUAGGAGAAACAAAUCCAAAGGAUUCUGCACCAGGAACAAUUCGUGGUGAUUUUUGUAUUCAAGUUGGACGUAACAUUAUUCAUGGAUCUGAUUCUGUGGAAUCUGCUAAUAAAGAGAUCAAUCUAUGGUUUGGAGAAGAAAAAGAAGUUAUUGAUUGGACAUCUUGGGCAGAAAAAUGGAUAUAUGAAUAAAAAUAGUACUCAGUGCAAAUAUUCAUUUUAAUAUAUGUUCUUUUACAUAAUUCAAUCUGACCAUGCAUACUGCCAAUCGGAUGAUAUUCAGAAUUUGCUGUAUAUAACUUUACUUAAAUAGUAAUAAAACAAGUUCUUAUAUAA